CACAGUUUGGAAUUCCACUGCGCAGAUGGCCAAAUUUGCAUGAGCAGCUCGAUGAUUCAUUUCCUCUACCGAAGAAGGUCAACGUUUUUCCCAGGCCUGUUGUGCCUUUCGUGCUCGAAUCACCGCCGUGAUUCAACCUCGACAACUACCCCGCCGACUGCUGAACGAACGCCUCUCUGAAGGCGCCUAUGAAUGUAUGUCUUCUCCCGGACAGCCCAUAGAAGCCAUCAAUCGUCCAGAUGAGCUCGCGAUACAAUCUUCGACUGCAGAAGGGAAUGCAGAUCAUGCCCCAAGCACUCGAGCAGAACAGGGCGCAACUCUAGUGGGCUUCGAUGGAACUGAGAAUGCCACCUCAACGAUGCUGGAUCGUCACGACAAUGAAGCCGCGGAGCGGCCGUCUGCCGAUAAAACAAGCGUGGACAAUAAUGAGGAGGAAUUGUUGAAGGGCACCAAGAGCAAUGGAGAUCAGCCACAAGCGAUUGGGGAAGAAACGGGGAUUGUCUAUGAUCAUAUGGAAUCCUCAACGGCAACUUUGAAACCAGAUCCUGUUUCCGCCAUGAAGACCUCUACACAACAGCAUCUUUCACCAGAAGACUUGGUAUAUCGUGACCCUACACCUAAAACGCCUACAUCUUCACAGCCACCUUCACGCUCUACCUCAAGCGCUGCCCAUAAUCCACAUAGUCGAACUGCAGAUGGCUUGGAAAGGUCUCCAACAAGGUCUGAUGCUGGCUUCGAUGAGAAAGCUUCUACUAGUGAGGAUGAGCGGGAGUAUAAUUCCAGGUCAGAGAUCCAGAGCAUCAUGGACCAAUUCAGCGAGGAAGGCCAAGGCCCAGGGCACGAGGAAGUCAUGUCUCCAAGACUAGAAUUUGCUGGACCGUUACUCGGAAGCCCCAUCCAACAUCCUCCUAGGAAGUCUAGUCUAGAGCCCCUAAACUCUGGCCCAGGCAGUGCUACACAGAGCAUGCAAGACCUUCGAAUUUCUUCUCACACGUCCGCAAAUUUUGCUGUUCGAGACCCAUCAGAUGUCGGGCCUACGGUGCCACCGAAGCCUGGCUCAAUUCGUAGCUUGGGUCAAUCAAGAGUUGCGGAUGAUAGAUUACAAAGUGUUGACUCACCCAUGUCUCCACCACUCCAUCGACCACCUCCUCCUGAACCUGAGCCUGAGCCAGAUCUGCCUUUUGACUUUCAUCGGUUCUUGGAGCAAUUAAGACACAGGACAGCUGAUCCUGUUGCCAAAUUUUUGAGAUCUUUCCUACAGGAAUUUGGCAAGAGACAGUGGAUGGUUCAUGAACAGGUCAAGAUCAUUGGCGACUUCUUGGCCUUCAUCACCAACAAGAUGGCCCAAUGCGAGGUAUGGCGUGAAGUCUCCGACGCGGAAUUUGAUAAUGCUCGCGAGGGCAUGGAGAAGUUGGUUAUGAAUAGGCUAUACACUCAGACAUUCUCUCCUGCUAUCCCGCCUCCUCAACCACUUCCUGGAUCAAAAGGGAAACGUCGGGCCGGCGAACGCCAGAUGGGUCCUGGGAGAAAGGGUCAGCACCAAGAAGACGUGGAGCGUGACGAAGUUUUAGCACAAAAAGUCAGUAUCUAUGGCUGGAUCAGAGAAGAGCAUUUAGAUAUACCUCCAGUAGCUGAUAGCGGAAAACGAUUCCUGAUCCUUGCUCAACAAGAGCUUCUAAAGAUAAAGACCUAUAGAGCUCCGAGAGAUAAGAUUAUAUGUGUUCUUAAUUGCUGCAAAGUCAUAUUUGGACUUCUCAAACAUUCCAAAGCCGACUCGUCCGCUGAUUCAUUCAUGCCUCUUUUGAUCUAUGUUGUUCUACAGGCGAAUCCGGAACACCUGGUUUCUAACGUGCAAUACAUACUCCGCUUCAGGAACCAAGAGAAACUAUCUGGCGAAGCUGGAUAUUAUCUGUCAUCAUUAGUAGGUCUUGGUGCCGUGCAAUUCAUCGAAGGGCUAGAUCGAACCACAUUAACAAUCUCAGACGCAGAGUUCGAGAAGAAUGUCGAAGCUGCCGUUUCAGCAAUUGCUGAGAAACAUCAAGCAGAUACUACAGAAAACCCGACAUCUGCAAAGUUUUCGGAGAAAUCAACCCUUGCCCGUCCGGAGGUGACCCCUCGACAUUCGAUGGAGGGGGAAUCUUCUAAUCCUCGCAAGUCGACGUCUUCCAAUGAAUAUGAAAGUGGGGAUGGCCUUGAUGAGAAAGCUGCUAUGACCGGUUUACUUCGUACAAUUCAACGACCGCUGUCAUCGAUUGGACGCAUCUUCUCGGAGGAGCCAAGUUCAACCCAAACUGGUCCAGCACGAACGCCUUUACCUGGCAACACUCCACGAAUGAGCCCUUCGCCUCGAGUCAGCUCCGAAGCACCGCAAGGCUUACCGCGUAUUCCCAACAACCACGACACAAGCACUCGUAGUAGAAUGAGUGCUGAAGAUGCGGCUGCGAGGCAGGCUAGUGCAGAGGCUGCGGAGGCCCAUCGUAUUCAGCGGGCUGAGCAUGCAAAUGUCGUCGAAACCUUGGCUGGGAUGUUCCCCGAUCUGGACAGGGACAUCAUCAGUGAUGUUGUCACGCAGAAAGAUGGAAGGGUCGGUCUUGCUGUAGAUGCAUGUCUUGCACUGAGCUCAUAGAAUUUUGGGGUAAUCUGCAAGUUGCCAUUUAGCAUUUUCGGGCGAGCUGGUAUUGCAUGUUGUAUCGAGCGUAGCAUAGGCGUUCUUCUUUGAUAUCCCAUAGCGCAUCGAUUAUGGCGUGAAGAAAAUAUGAAAGAUAAAGUUUGAGUAUGUCAAAUAAACAUAAUAGUCAAAAAUCACUUAUCCAACA